AAGUGUCCGGACUGGAAGGGGGGAAAGUGUCCGGACUGGAAGGGGGGGAAAGUGUCCGGACUGGAAGGGGGGGGGGGAAAGUGUCCGGACUGGAAGGGGGUGAAAGUGUCCGGACUAGAAGGGGGGGAAAGUGUCCGGACUGGAAGGGGGGGAAAGUGUCCGGACUGGAAGGGGGGGGGGAAAGUGUCCGGACUGGAGGGGGGGAAAGUGUCCGGACUGGAAGGGGGUGAAAGUGUCCGGACUGGAAGGGGGGAAAGUGUCCGGACUGGAAGGGGGGGAAAGUGUCCAGACUGGAAGGGGGGGAAAGUGUCCGGACUGGAAGGGGGGGAAAGUGUCCGGACUGGAGGGGGGGGAAAGCGUCCGGACUGGAAGGGGGGGAAAGUGUCCGGACUGGAAGGGGGGGAAAGCGUCCGGACUGGAAGGGGGGGGGGAAAAGCGUCCGGA